AUAGGGCGGGCCCGGGGAAAUAAAAGCCUAGGCCCGGGGUUGGUGCUCGCGGCCUUCCGAUCGUGCCCCUGGGCUUCUGUCUUCCUGACCUAGCUCGCGUCUCCUCCAAUCCAACCAUGGCCGGGUCCCUGCGCACCCCGCUGCUCCUGCUGGCUGCACUGACCCUGGCCCUAGCACUGGCUAUGAGCCCCACGGUCGGCGCGAGCCCCAGCAAGCUUCACCGAGUGGGCGGCCUGCUGGAUGCGGACGUGAACGAGGAGGGCGUGCAGCAGGCUCUCAACUUCGCCCUGAGUGAGUACAACAAGGCAAGCAACGACGCCUUCCACAGCCGCGCCAUGCGGGUGGUACGCGCCCAAAAGCAGGUCGUGGCUGGGAUGAACUACUUCUUGGACGUAGAGAUCGGCCGAACCACGUGUACCAAGUCCCAGCCCAAUUUGGCCAGCUGCCCCUUCCAUGACCAGCCACGCCUGAUGAAGAAAGCAUUCUGCUCUUUCCAGAUAUACAGCGUUCCCUGGCUGAGCAAGAUCUCCAUGGUGAAGUCCAGCUGCCAGGACGCAUAGAAGACAAAUGACAAGCUGGGCCACACUGACUGCGUCUCAUUUGCACCCCCCUCCCAGUAGAGUUCCUAAGCUUUAGAUGGGUGAGCCCACCUUGGUGGAGUCCCCUCAGUGUACUGGCCCCAGGAGACAAAUAGAGAAAGCUUCUUGAGCAUUGUUUGGAUAGCUAAGUGGCUCUAACUUGUUUAUUUCUUUUAAUUGCUUUCCAGAUGCACCUGUCCCUGGUGCACACAUUCUGCUCCUACUCUAAGCAAUAAAAAUGAACAUUGCUGCUC